AUGUCUAUAGAUUCAUCUAAAAAUGAAAAAAAAGUGGAGUUAGAUACGAGUAAAGAGAUUCUUGAAAAGAAAAUUAAACUGAAAAAUGAGAUUGAAUUGCGCCAAAAGGAAUUAUUAAUAGAGCUUUUUAUAUUAUCUUCUCUUGAAAAGUAUUUUCCAGAUAUUGAUGUGGGUAUUUGUGAAAAAAUUUCUUCAUCUGAUGAAUUAAAAACGUUUUUGCUUAAAAAUAGUCUUCAAAAUGGUUUAAAAUUUGAUGAAUCCAUUCUUCAAAGCUAUAUUUCUUCACAAGAAAAUUUAACUUCAUUAAAAGAAAAUGAAACAUCUGAAGUUACUGAAACACUUUUUGUCGAUUCACUUUCAGAGAAUCCAGAAAAAGUAGAAAUAUGUGAUUCCUCUAGUGUUUUUAAGGAUAAGGCUAUUGAAGAACAAUUAAAACCAACCACUCCACAUACAUAUAUUGAGCCAUCUGUACAGAAUUCGGACUGUUUUUCUUUGCAUGUAUCGAGACAUUCUCCAAGUUGUAAGCAAAAUAAAACUAGUCACACUGAUUUAUUAUCUUGGUUAAUACAAACGUCUUCUAUGCCAAUUUAUAAGCUUAUGCAAAGUUCAAAUAAAAUCAUUGCUACAAAAGAUUGGAACACUGCAAUAAUAGAAACAAAAUUUAUAAAAGUUCUAGAACGUAUCAAUAAAUUGAAGGAAAAUAAUUUAUGGAGCUUUCGACAAAUGAUAAAACAGAAAACACCAUCUAGGUUAAAAGCACAUUGGGACUUUAUGUUAGAUGAGAUGAGAUGGUUACAAGCAGAUUUUAAAGAGGAGAGAAAGUGGAAAAUAGUUUUAGCCAAACAAAUAGCCAACUGGAUAAUGGAUUGGCAUAGAUUAAAAACUAGAUCAGAUGUUUGUUUUCAGCCGAAUUCGAAUAAAUCGUAUAUAUCGUUUUCAAAGAAUGAAAAAUAUAAUAUAAUUGAUUUUAAUCAGGACAAAAAGAAUAAUAAGAAUAAAAGUUUUAGUGAUACCGAAUCUGAAAUGAAAAAUGAUUCUUCUGAAAAUAUCUUUACGUUACAUUCAUCUCCUUUGUUUAUUAUAGAAAAUGCAGUUCAAUUAUUGGAAAUUCCUCCGGACAAAAUUAUUGCUACUUUUUCGAAUAUUUUGCUUGCUUCAAAUACAGUAUUACCUGAUCUUCCAGUUUACCGACCACCUGUACCUGAAGAUACAUUAUAUUAUGAUCCAUUAGAUGAAAUGAAGAUUAUUCCUCUUUCAAAAUAUACACAAUCACAUAUUAAAAUAUCUCAUUCAGACAAGUUUUUUAAAAAAAGAAAACGAGAGGCAUCAAUAGAUACUGAUGAUAUCGCUGAUAAACAAAGAAUUGUAAUCAACGAGUUUCCUCUUUCUAAUUCUAUAUCGACUACACGAAAGAAAUCAACAUAUCCUUCACAAUUGCGUCCUCCUAAUAUUCCAUUAAAUCUCGAAAAUCAUAAACCAAUAUGGAGUCCAGAUGAAGAUAACCUCUUAAUGACAUAUCUUCCUAAAUAUCAGUUUAAUUGGGAAUUUGUUGCUCAAACUUUAACACCAUCAAUAAAGUGGAUUUCUUCAGCAGAAAAAAAAACUGCAUGGGACUGUUUUGAACGAUGGGUCCAAUUAGAUCCUCAUGCUUCAAAUGUUAUUUUCGUUGGCCCUUAUGCUAAAACAGCAUAUGCGAAACUUGAGCCUCUUUUGAAAAAUUCAAGAUCAAAUAGUUAUGGAGGAAUAUUUCAUUCAAAAAAAGAUAUUGGGAAAAAUUCACUAAGCUCCAGAUUUAAGAGGCAACGUCAAUUUAAUAUGUUUGAUGCUAUAAGAAAAACUAUGAAAAAAAGAGAAGUUUCUCAAAAAUUGAAUGUGGCGCCAUCUAAAAAAGUAAACACUUCGGCUCAUGAUACACAUGGAUUAUCCCAUAAACCUUCUAUAGCUGCACCAACACCAUUAGAUCUUUCGCGACUUAAGCAUGAGCGAGAUCAAGUUAUUACUCAAGCAUAUAUCCGACAAAGAAAUGCAGUUGUUGCCCUUGCAUUACAAAAUCAAGCUAGGUCAUCUGGAAGAUCCAAUUUUCCUGAAAUUAAUUCUACUUCACAACAAAUGGCUCAGGUUCAAUCUGUAAAUUCUCAGAUAAAUAUACAAAAUCGCGUACAAAGUGCAUCACGUACUAUUCCUGGAAUGGUUAAUGGUUUAAGGUUUAAUCGUUCAGUUCAUCCUUCUACUCCUAGUCAAACACUAGUAAAUCCUACUGGAGUUGCACCAAUUUUAAGAUUACCGCCAGGUGUCCAUUUAUCACAAGAACAAAUGCAACAAUUGGUUAUUCAACGACAACAAUUAUUACAAGCACAACGUACCCAAGUACAAAAUGUCCAACAAACAGCACAUUGUUCUGAUUCGGAACAAAAUGAGAAUCCUGUUGAAUCUAGACAUCUUGCAUCUCUUAACCAGCAUUGA